CGGUAUAAAGAUUGAGACUAUUACAAUCUACAGACUCAACAGCAGUUGCCAAUUUAGCGCUUUUCGCGGUAGAUUUGGAGCGCUUUCGAUCCUGAAGUUUUAACAAAAAAAUUAUCAUCAGUGGAGGAAGCUGCAUACCGUUCAGUGGAAAAUAUUGACAACCAAGGGACGUGGCACUGAAAUUUUGGGAUGAGAUUACAAAUUACACAGAUUCUGCUGGAGAAAACCCUUUUGAAGAUCUUUCAAGAUUUGUUAUGGAAAGAUUUGUUAUGACGGUUCUCUCUCCCCCUCAUUCCAAUCCCGAUGUUGAGCGUCUUUUCAGUCAAGUCGGCAUAGUGACAACUAAACUAAAAAACAGAAUGAGGAUUUCUACACUACAUAGUAUUCUUGCCAUUAAAUAUGGAUUGAAGAGGCGCGGGCAAUGUGCUAUCAAUGUUCAGAGCUUCCAAGUGAUGUCAAGAAAAUUGAAAGUCUCGAAGCUUAUGAAAAUGAAGAUGCAGAUGAGGACUUUAUUGUAAUGUAAGAAGACUUAUAAAUUGGAUGGAUGGAUGGAUUGCGAAAUUUAGGGACAAGCCCAAGCACUGGGACCUAUUAUGGUCAUUCAGACAUAAAUUUAGCAGAACCACGUAUCCAAUCUUUAAUGAUGAUCAGUACACGUUAAAAAAAGAAAGUCAAGAAAAAGCUCAUUCCAGCAGUCUGAGACUGAAUGCAAGACUUCAAGAGUAUAACCACAAGCAAAAAGUGUCUAAACAGGAAACACUGAAAUACAGGAACGAUAAUAUUGAUGAUUUUACUUUUUAAAAAGGUAUUCUUGACAGAUUUUUCUUUUGUACACUUGAUAAUGAAGUGUAUUUUUGGGGCAAUGAAACUUUAAUGCUAAAGUUAUUUGUUGCUUCUCAGAAAAGCAUUACAUUCUUUGUACUGCUUUGGCUGUAAAGUCAAGGCUUGACUUAGUAUUUACAUGUUACUAUUUUAAAACAUUUCUAUUCACUGGCAUUGAAAUGUUUGUUAGACUUGAUGGUAAAUUUUUAUGUAAAUUUCAGUCUUUGGUAACCUUGUGUAAAUUGUUUUCGAAGAACCUAAGGAGGGCUGUUUGUUAAAAUAAAGGUUGAGUAAUUGCAUCAGCAGCAAAGAUGAAGAAACAGAAGACCCAGCGAAGUAAGGCCCCAAGUAACUGGGACCAGCCAGACAACGAGUGGAGACCACGCAAUUUCAUUAGCCCGGUCGAGAAAUCCAGUCCCUUACAUGCCGAACAAGAUUCUCUCAGUCGGACGUUUCUCCAGGACUCUGGAGGGGAAAGUGAUGGAGGAAAACACAAUACCUGUCCUGUUUGUUAUAAAUGGUUCUCUAGAAGUGCUGCCUUGUUCUGUCACAUCAAGCAGAAUCACAGAUAUGUUCUGAGUAGACCUAAUGAAAAUUCCAUCGAAGAAUUGGAAAAGCAGACAGAGGAGUGGAAGAGGCGCAUGAAAGGGGAGGACUCGGGUUCCUCUUCAUCAAGCGAAACUAGAGUAGAGGCCACUUCUUCAGAUGUUUUGAAGGACAGUAGAAGAGGGUCGAUUGGUACCAGACUUAAAUCCAGCGAGUCUGAAGAGAACUGUGAUUACGACAUUGAAAAUUAUCCAAUUAUUGGUGGAUCAGCCUCUGCUGGGAGUUCAACUGGAAGUUUACUCUCAUUUCAUAGCGCGAGUUCGGAACUCCUUGAUCCCGACCAGAGUUUUUCUAUCGUGAGGAAGGAUGUGAAAAAGAGAAAGAGGAGUCACGAGCCUCAGUCAAGAAGUGCUGGUAAAAAGGGGAAUCUUGCAAAUGGUGUCAAAGUGGAACCCAUGAAUUCCUGUACCCCACAUUCAAAACCUGUGAUAAAUAAUGCUAAGAAAAAUGUGCCAAAAGGUAGAUCGUGUGCGAAACCUGAACAUGGGCCAAAUGGGAGGCUUUUCAGUAGAACAAGAAUAACAAAGCCAGUCGAAGAUGUCCAAGACUUUGAUUCAUUUGAUUUUAGUGUGGACAACAGCCCUAACCACAAAAAGACACACCAGUGCCCCAUUUGUAGCUCAUGGUUUUCUAGUGCGACUCUGCUGACUUACCAUCACAUGAGAGUACACAUGACAAAUGAAUUCCAGCAGUGCUUCAAGUGUGGAAUGUGUUUUUACGAGUCUUCGUUGUAUACAGCUCACGUUAAUCUUCACGAAAAGGCUGCCUCAUGAAAUAAUGUUUUAGUGAGGCAUGAUAAAUGAAUUUUAUAUAUUAAUUUUUCUCGUGAGUGUUAGAAAAUCCAUUUUUUUUUUAAUCUAUUUUAAAGUUAACUAUGGAAAUUUGACAUUGUGCAAUAAUGUUUUUGAGCUUAAGCAGUGUUUUGUUCAGGAAUGAAAUGAGAUUAUGCUAAAUUGCUAGGGAGUACUAGCUUGAUAUCAUCCGACAAUGAAAUACUUCUUUCUGCCCAGAAGAAUAUGUAAGCUGUUGGUCAGACAUUCUUAAUGUCUCAAGAAGGUGCAACUGUUGCUCUUUAGCAGAUGCAAUAUAAAACAGUUUUGACAGUACAGUAUUUUGAAAUGUAACGAAGGAAUAUUGGCUCUGUAAUGUUGUUGGACGUUAUUGUAUGAUUAUGUAAUCAUAAUUGUCAUGAGGUAGUGAUGAAAUGUGUCAUAAAAUGUUUUGAAAAUCCCUCUGUUCACUUUUUGUCCUUUCAUUGAAAGAAUACAGGAAAGGCAUAAAUGUAUCAAAACAUGGUUUAGGUAUUUUACUGUGGUUAAAGCUAGAGAAGUACACUGAGGAUGUAUUACAAAAAAUAUUAUGUUGAACGUUUAUUACUGAAUAUCUUCAGUACGUAAAUUGAAAAAAUGGACUUAAUUUGACCUGUGAAAGGUAGUACAAAUCUUCAUUUUGGCAGAUCUGAUUGUAUUUUUUUUUUCCUCAUAUAUUGUUGCUCUAGUUAGACUACUUUUAUUGUAUUACUACCAGGGGUUGAUGAAAUGAUUGAAUUUCCUUGAAAACAUAGGCUAUUUGUUAUAUAUAGCAACUGUGUAUCUUUCACUAUGUCUUGCUCAGUUCAUAGGGUAAGAAUAACACGAUUGGCAGUUGCAACAGCUGACAUGAGAAACAUCCUAGUAUUAGAAGUGUAAGUAAUAUGUAGGAUCCCUGGUUAGCUUCAUAAAUAUAGUACAAAGGGAAUGAAUAUGACAGAUUCCGCCACAUAGAUAAGGAUGAUAUUAGUUGUCUGCCUGUAUGGCAUGGGCUGUUAGUCACCAGUCUAGCAUAUUGUAAGCUGGAACAUACAGUAUUUACCCUGCUGGUAAGCUCGAAUUCCUUGUUUACUGGUGUGGUUCUUUUAAUUACGGUCUUUAGCAAAGUGAUCUGUUAUUGGAGUAGAAUUUAUAAUUUUUCGUUGUUACCGUUAUGUUUUAAGAAUGUUGCAGGGUACUAUUUUCAUUCAAAUGUUGGCCAUGUUUUUGUUUUGUAGUUCCUAUUACCAUUUAGUAGUAUAUUUUUUUAACUGAAGUGAUUCUUCAUCAUAUGCGAUUGGUGCCUUCAGCGCAUCUCACAUGAUACACUGUAGGCAUCUCCUAAGGUACUGUGCAGCAUCCCUUCAGCCCUUAGCUGCAACCCAUUUCAUUCCUUUUACUGUAUCUAUGUUAAUAUUCUCUUUCCUCUAACUUUCCACCUUCUCCUAACAAUGUUUCAACAUUAUUUUCAACUCUGAAUGUCCUCAUGGGUCCCAACGCUUGGCCUUGGGGCUAAGUUUUAUAUUCCAAUUCCAUAGUGAUUUUUUUCUUGCAGAAAAAGUGUGUAAUGUUGGUUAUAUCUUCCUGUGCCACUUCUUAGUUAUUCUCUCAAAAGUAGAUUUAAGAAUGAGAUAGCAUUUUGUAUGUUAUCAGUUGUUCUUUUACUUCAGGAACACAUGAUCAAGAAAAAAAUUAUAUAGAUAUAUAUAUAUAUAUAUAUAUAUAUAUAUAUAUAUAUAUAUAUAUAUAUAUAUAUAUAUAUAUAUAUAUAUAUAUAUAUAUAUAUAUAUUUGAGGAUUUGUUUAUAUUUAUUAUUUCUAUCACGUCUCUCAGUAAUAUAGAAGUAUGAUGAGGCUUACUGGGAAUAGUGCAUUUUCCAGACAUAAAAGGCAGCAUUUGGAUAUCACUUAUUCCUAAAGUCUGUCAACCUAUUACCAUCCUGAAUCGUGUUGUUGUUGUGGAAAACGUUCUAGUUACAUCCAGCCUUGGAGAACUUAUUCUGUUUUGUUUAGUUUUUUAAAUAUUGGUGCAUUAUUAUAACCAAAUUAAUGAAUACAAACUAACUAAGGUAAAGUGAAGGUGAAUAUACUGCUCUUCGUUAAUUGUUACUUUGCAGUUUCAAUAACCACUGGAAAGUUUGUUUUCCUCAAUGAGAGUAAAAUGAAAGAUCAUCGUUACUAUGUAACUUAACCAGAAUGUUGAGUUAUUCCUGGAUUUUACUUAAAUUAAACCAAUAGUUUCUUAUAGUAAACUAGACAAAGGUAUAUACAGCAGUUAGACUAGUCAUUAAGAAACUUAAGUUAAGGAGUAAACUCUUUUAUCAGGGUUUUAACAUAAAGAAAGUUUGGUUGUUCACUACCAAGGAGUAAACAGGUACUGUAGUCUUCUUGGGGAAAGGCUGACAGUAGUGUAAAUACUUUGUGUAUUUUGUCAGAUGUCUUUUGUUUGUCAUUUUUCUGUCAGAUUACCGACAACUGUAUGAGAUAAUUUAGUUCAUAUAGUACUCUGUUACAGAUCAUUUAUUUUCCAGUGAUCUUCCAUAUGUAUAUUAACUUUAGAAAUGUCAUCCAUAUGAAGUUAGAAAUGUCAUCCUUUUCUGAAAUUAGAAGUACCAUCCAUUUUUGAAGUUUGAAGUGACAUCCUUUUCUGAUGUUAGAAGUGACAUCCAUUUCUGAAGUUAGAAGUGACAUUCAUUUCUGAAAUUGGAAAUAUCAUUCAUAUCUGAAGUUAGAAGUGAUAUCCAUUUCUGAAAUUAGAAAUGUUAUUCAUAUUUUUCCCAUCCUUUUUCAAAUCUUAAAUGAACAAAUUGCUGGAUGCCAAAUGGGUUCUUAAUUUUCUGUAGCUUAAGGGGGCCUUUUUGUAGAAAAUUCUUGUGGUUUUUUGUGUGGAAGUGUGAUGUUUUUCAUAAAAAUGGAUGAGUUAUACCUCUGUAACAAAAAAAAUCUUGAAAUGCAAGGGGGAAUGUUAUGAAAUUGUUUUAAUUGCAUCACAAAACAAGAGUAAUGUUGAAUCAGAGGAGAAGUCACAAAAGCCAAGUGUGGGACAAUUACAGAGUUGGUGUUAACAUCGAAAAUAAAUUUUGAAGCAAC